AAAUAAUCUUAUUCUACCAAUCCCACAUAUCCAACCGUUGGAUCACUAAACUCAAUCAACCAUCAUUUUCUUUAUAUACAACGUUAUCACUUCUUCGACACUCACCCAAAAACUCAUAAGGGAUAUACAUCUUUCUUUCAUACAAUAAAGAACCAUGUUUAAAUCCCAAGAACUCCCAGAUUGUGUCUAUGGACAAAGUCAGCCCGUUUUAAUCCGACCCAAAAACCCGACUCCAAGAAAAACUCUCUACCUUUCUAAUCUCGACGACCAGAAAUUUUUGAGGUUUACUACUAAAUUUCUUUAUGUUUACAAAAAAUCGGUCGAGCCCGAGACUCUAAAGGACGGUUUGUCUAGGGUUCUAGUCGAGUACUAUCCGUUGGCCGGGAGAUUGAAAUCGUGCAUUGAGAAUGAUGAUAGUAUGCUCGAAAUAGACUGUAACGGACAAGGCGCUGUUUUUGUGGAGGCAAAUAUUGAUAUGCGUGCUGAAGAGUUUGUCGAGUUGUUUGUGGACAAGCCAAACAGGUCCUUAAGAAAGCUCUUGUACAGAGUUGAGGCUUCUAGUUUUUGUGACACUCCACCUCUUGUAGUUCAGGUCACAAAUCUGAAGUGUGGUGGCAUGAUCUUAGCCAUUGCAUUUAACCACUGUUUUUGUGAUGGGAUAGGAGCCUCACAAUUCUUACAUGCCUGGGCCCACUUAUGUCAAUCUAGUGAUGCUUUAAUUACACCAAAACCGUACCACAAUCGCCACGUGUUAAAGCCUCGUACUCCACUACAUGUACCUUUCGAUCAUCCGGGAUUCGUUAGAACCUCCCCUAACAACCAGAAUUUCCAAACCGGCCCCAACAUUUUCAAGUAUUUGCAAUCUCAACCUCUCACCCCCGUAUCCAUAACAUUUUCGCCCUCCCAAAUUCUCCAACUGAAAAGACAAUUUUGUCCUUUGCUGAAAUGCUCGACUUUCGAGGUCUUGGCUUAUCACACGUGGCGAUGCUGGGUUAAAUCCUUGGGACUACCCCUUUCCGCUACUGUUAAGCUUCUGUUCUCUGUCAACAUAAGAAAUAAGUUGUCUCCCGAGAUCCCGGAAGGGUAUUAUGGGAAUGCGUUUGUUAUGGCAUGCGCAAAGGCCGAGGUUAAAGAACUCAUCGAGCCCAACUUGCAAAACGGUGUCAAGUUAGUGCAACGAGCGAAAUCGACUAUAACAAACGACUCUGUUCGCUCGAUUAUUGAUUUGCUUGAAGACAAAAGUGUGUGUACGGACCUAUCGACGACUAUGGUCAUAUCACAGUGGUCGAAAUUGGGCCUUGAAGAGCUCGAUUUUGGACAUGGAAAGCCCCUCCACAUGGGCCCACUAUACAGUGAUGUUUACUGCAUUUUGUUGCCGGUUUUUGGCAAGCACGAUGCCGUUAAGGUGUUGGUUUCGAUGCCAGAAAAAGUAGCCGAUAAAUUCGAGUCAUACAUGACUGAAUCCCCUAGAGUUGUUGAAAACAGAGACGUGAGAAUUCGUGUGGGUGAAACGGACAAUUUUGAAAUAGUUUCUGUCUGAGUUUUCUCUUUUUGGAUGUAAGUACACUCCAAAUCUUAGAACUUUUUCUAAGUUUGAUAUUGUAUUAGAGAUUGUGGAAUAAUAAAUGGAGUGUAAUUGACAUAAACAACAACUAUAUUAAUAGUAGUUUUUUUGUGCUGGCAAACAAUUUAUUCUCGUUUACACUUGUUGCCAUUUUAUUAGCAUAAGUUUUGCACAUAUUUGUUUCUAAAUAAGUAAACAUAUUUAAAGUCUAGAAAACUUUUAUAGUCAGCUGAAUCAAUCAGCUACACAAUUGAAUUUAGUUGGAGGUGUUAUAAAAAAUGGGUUGGAUACAAAG